AUGCUGAGGGAAUUCUCGCUCGUCGUCUUCUUUGCAACCUUGUUAAGUUCGGACGCCGCCAUUAAGGCAGGAUUUCCGCCGUCGCCUAAGCCAGGUUGCCUACCAGCCGAUGCGAACAACACGGACUUGUUCUGUCCUGGGGAUCUCGGUUACGGUUGCUUCAAGAUCCCCACAAUCCUCAAGACGGUGAAUGGUACGCUGCUGGCGAUGAUCGAGGCUCGCAAGUACAGCUGCGCCGACCACGGAUUUAUAGACCUUUGGCUACGCCGCUCCAUCGAUGGCGGCAAGACGUGGGCAGAGCCGAUGCUCAUGUACAGGAACAGCACGGAGUCGCAGUGGAUAACCGUCGGAGAUGGUAAUUGGGUGCAGGACGCCUCUACAGGAACCAUCUGGCUGUUCCACACGCGCAACAACUCCCAGCUAUUCCUGUCGCACUCCGCCGACGAUGGCUUGUCCUGCCUGGUCCGAGCCCAUUCACAAGCCUUCUCUCCAGCGGAGCCUGACUGCGUCUGGAACAGGACAUGCAGGUGGCAUCCAGCUCUCCGCAGGUCCCGUCAAAGGCCGGCUUGUAAUCCCAAUCUAUUCAGCAGGAGUGUACACCGUCUACAGCGACGACAAGGGCGCGUCCUGGCAGAUGGGCGGUCUUGUGCCAGGUGA